GCUCAGGACAAUCCAGACUCUUCUCAUGCAUCGUUCCACAAAUGUGGAAUGACCUUCCAAGCACUACCAGAACAGGAGCUUCCUUUUUGACUUUCAAGAAACUCCUGAAGACCCUGCUCUUCAGAGAGCAUCUUCUAAACUAGCACCCUCCCUGCACCCGUCCCCCUCUCUACUGUCCACUCCUUUGUUCCCUCCUCUCCAUGAUUGAUGUCAAGUUGUUGUUGUUGUUGUUAGCCUCAAGGGCAACAUGCCGAUUAUCACUUGUAAGUCGCUUUGGACAAAAGCGUCUGCUAAAUACAUAAACAUAAACACCAAAAACUCUUUUAAAGUGGUUGAAGGAUUCCUGAAAUGGGCAUUGCCAUGAGGACUCGUUUUGAGGGUCCUUUACUACAACUGUGCUGCAUGUCUUCAUCAUUUCUCUGCUUACACACCUGGUUUAGUGGUUAAGUCGCCUCUUACUUGUCUUCAUGUUCUGCAAAAGCCUGUCAGGCACCUGUGGAUUCACACCAGGUGUUCUGGAGCAUAAAAACCCAACUAAGUGGCCCCAAAGGGAACGUAAAUUACAUCUAAACUAGAAGAUUGGCAUUGAUUUAGCCAAUUCCUGUCCAAUAAUAUUCUCAGUACCUAUCAGGUGUGCUGGUAUUUCAGACAGAAUUGUGUAUUAACGCUUGUUUUGUUAUUUUAUUGAAGGUAUUUGUUCCAGUUCAGUAAAAGAACAGAGCCGAAACAAUCGUAUCGCUGACAAACGUCUGGCUACAGCUGCACAGCUGCUGGGCUGUCUUUGUAAGGGUCAAAGUUCACGAAACAGCGCGCACCAGCAGAUUACAGCGCUAUCAGACUCAUCUAGCUUCAAGCUGCUCUAAAGUGUGAAAUUCAUCAUUUCAGGGUUGGAAGCGAAGAGAGAAGGAGAGGUAGAGAGAAAGAAACGGCAGCGAGGAUGGAGGGAUGAAAACCGCAUGAAGGGGUGGGAAAGUAACAGAUGGAGCUGGAAGGAUUAGAGGGAAUCCGGGUGGGAUUCUGAUGGAAACUCAACCAACUCCGAGGAAGUAGUGAUGAGGGAAGAUGAGAGGGAAAAGUGAAGGAAUUCUGGGUGAAUGGUCGGUGGAGUCGAAGCAGAAACUAAGGGAACGACUCCGAGUCACGGCCUCGGUAAGUUCUUCUUUAUUUACGUCUUUAUUUGCUGGUUUGCAGAGAAAGUGCUAUGUGAUGGAAAGUCGAGCGCUCCCAGCUGCAGCAGGAUUUUCUAAUCCCGCCCAUGAGGGACGAGAUUUCAGCUCAUCACGAUGAGAUGGAUAUCUCACACAGAUGGGUCAACCAGUCAUUAACGUUUAUUUACGGUUAGUGUUCUUCGUUUGGUGUAAAUCAGAGCUACAAGCUAAACUCAGCUGGUUUCAGUCUGGAUUUGUCCAGAACAGAUCUUUUUUUCCUCAAUCCAUCCCAUAAAUGUCGCCAUGAUCACAAGUAUCAGAUCUUUCCAAAAGUCGUGGUUUAAUAAUGUAAUUAAUGUAAUCAAGUGUCAACAAACUGAUUUUAUGUGAUGAUCGAAGCUCAGGACGUUUUAGCAUCAGUGACUAAAUGAAUCAGUAGAAAUGUUAUUUAGCUGAUGUAUCCAAGGGCACCCCCAAGGGGUGGCCAGGGGUGGCCAUGGCCACCCCUAUAAAAUUGCUGCUCCCCAAAGAAAAUCAUAUUAAUGUUCAGUCAAACCAUACAUUGAUCUUGUUUAUUCAAGACAUAAUUGUAAAACAAAAUAAAAAUAUUACAAUUAAUGAGUAAACAAAUAAUCUGAAUAAAAACAAUACAUAUGUUUCUGCUGCUCACCAUUUUAAACAAGUUUUUAUCUCCAUAGCUUUUUUUAACACAGCAACAAAUGAAUUUACCUGAAAACAAUACAUUUUUAAUUUAAAGAUAACAUUUUAAAUAACUGAAAUGUUUGAGUUUGUAAAUUUUAAGUUAAAUGUUUUAUGUACUGUUACUUUAAUCACAACUAAGAUAACGAAAUAAAGGUGCAAUGCAGCACAUCGCCACUGGCUAAAUUCUCCCAGAGUUACCACAAGGACCAAUUUGGUGUGCCACCCCAAAAAAUUCUUUGGCCCCAUCUGGCCACCCCUGUCAAAAAUUUCUGGAGGCGCCCCUGGAUGUAUCUGGAGAAAUAAUGCGUAAGGUGAACGUUGAUCCGUUUGUGUUCAUUUCUAACUCAAACAUUGAUUUCUAUUUUCAUUUCUUUCAUAUUUGGUCAAUGACAGCUACAAAAACCCGACUCAUGAAACGACUCGUGAAAUUCUCUGCCUUGCAGCAUUACGUCGUUUCUGAGUCCCUUUGGACAAAAAACAUAUGAACAUUCCUAAAAAUGCUUCAUUGCCCUUUUUGGGGAGGUUUCUGGUAUUUAAACGUUCGGGAGGGAGGUCGUCUGUGCAUACAGGUGUCAGUGACUCAGAAUCAACAUGGUGGAAAACCCUUUUGACGGGGAAACUCGGUUCAUUCUAGCUCGUGUUUGUACAUCACAAUCCCCAAAGCAAGACGUCCGAUCAGGCUGGACUCCUGAAGCUCGAGUUCUCGGAUUUAAAACAGAUGUCUUCUUGCUGCGUUUGCGUUGUGUUUGUGGACAGAUGGAGGGCCGGGUCAACAGCGUGAUGGGCCAAUGACCGCAUCACAACAGCACUAAAGUCCUCGCUGACCUAACCAGAGGUUAGAUGCUUCCAGCUCUGCGCUAAUUAGUCAGAGCUUCAUGGAUCAAAGGUGGCGAUCGGAGGACCAGGCAUUUAUCUAGUCCACCUUAACUGAGACUUCAACAGAUUUAGCAGAUCUAGAGUCAUGCGGGCCUGAGAUCCUGGACUAGUCACUCGGCCCUCCCGGAGGGGUGAGGUUGAGCAGUGGGAUGUGCUGCGAGCCUGGAAGUGAUUGGCUGGAAACGGGACUCGGAUCCGAGCGGGCGUCAGCGUUUGGGGGAAAAGACGUGGAUGGGAGAGAAGUGAAGUGUACAAAAUGGGCUAAAUAGGAUGUUGUAAUCUGAUGGAAGCGGAGCUGAUUACCUGCAUCGUUUAUCCAGUAAAUCCUAAUUUUCUGUGACUGAUGCUACGGCUGGAAGACUGCUGCUGAGACGGUAGCGCCCUUAGACGAAGACACAACAGCUGGAAAUCCUCAUGCAACCUUCAGCCUGCACAUCUGUCCCAAGUUGAUUAAACACCAACAGUUUAUCUGUCUUUAGCCCGCUGUUCUCUGACCUUAAAUGUUCUCCACCCUUCUCACAUCUCCUCCACUACUCAUCUUCCCCUGUGACCUUUGCCCUUCUGCUCCAACCACCAGAAUCUUCUCGUCUUGCUUUAUUUUUUAAUCAUGAAGCAGUCUUAGCUCCCCUCAGCGUCCCACCUGAUUUGUGUUCAUGCUGGUACGAAAUCCCUUCUUUCGUCUGACUCUCGUCCCAACCGGUCAAGACCAAGAGUAAACUCUCAGCUGAAGUCAGGUGUGAUCCCAUCGCCUGAGUCAUUACGCCUUUGGCUCCCGUCGAGUCGAGAAGCAACGAUGCUGGAGAACAUGUCCAGAAGGAACCGCACCCUGCUGUCCCUAGGCCUCACCUCCCUGGCCCUCACUAUGUCUGUCUCGGCUUUCUGCACCUCCUACUGGUGUGAAGGGACGCACAAAGUGGUGAAGCCCAUCUGCCUGUCGCCGGUCAAGAUGAAGAACUGUGGGAAGAACAACAGCCAGCCGUAUACCACAGAGGCUCCAACUCCGGACCCUAGAAACCCGGUGCCCAACGCCACGCUGUCCCCACAGCAGAAGGAGGAACUAGCUCUGAUUAGGAAGAAACAGUUGGCCAACGCCGUGCACUAUCUGUGGGAGACGGGCGAGGACAAGUACAUGCUGAGAUACUUCCACACCGGCUUCUGGCUCUCCUGUGAAAAACACAACGAAGGUGAUGAUCAGGAAGAAAAGUGCCGCAGCUUUAUUGAACUGACCCCCGAACAAACACAAGGUGUGCUGUGGCUGUCCGUCAUCAGUGAGUUCAUGUACAUCGGCCUGCUGGCGAUGGGCUUCCUGCUGAUGUGUGUGGAAGCCAUGUGCCUGUGUGCAAAGAAGGAGAUGAGUUCCCUGAAGAUCAACGCCUUCGCUGCCAUGUGCACCGUUCUCUCAGGCCUGAUGGGGAUGGUCGCUCAUAUGAUGUACACCACGGUGUUCCAGAUGACUGUGAGCAUCGGACCAAAGGACUGGAGGCCACAGUCCUGGGACUAUGGAUGGUCGUUUGCUUUAGCGUGGCUUUCCUUCAGCUGCUGCAUGGCCGCCGCUGUGGCGACACUCAACUCGUACACAAAGACCCUCAUCGAGAUGAAGCACAGGGCCAGGCUGAGGCUGGAGGAGGCCCGCACCGCUACCAUCGCCCCCUCCUAUGAGGAGGUGGUUGGAGGCGGAGGCGGAGGGCUCUACUCUGUCAGCCAGUUGAUCCAGAUCGGCCAGCAGGGAGCGCUCAUGGAUCCACUUUGGCCCCGGGGAGUGGGACCAGCUGUUGGACCAGGGGCUUGCAGCUCUGGGGGGGCAUUGUCAGUUGGAGGAGGAGGAUCUGGAGUCAGCAGCUCUGGGAUGGGAAUCGGAGGAGCAGCUGGAACAAUGGGAGCAACGGGAGGAGCUGGAAUGGGAGCAGGAAGGAUGGUGGACUCUCAUGGCGUGGUGGUGGUGGAGGGAUGCGGGACAGAAGGGUGUGAAGACUGCGAACGAGAGAUGGAUGAGAUAGAUUACAGUAUGCAGGAGGAGAGAGAGGACUCACUCUGCUAACGGCUCUUAAACAAUAGAAACACCACAAAUUUCUAUUUUUGUGCUCGAGGAUGCCGAUGCUAGCUGUCGUUUGCAUUUACAAUGACCCGGACACACAAACAUGACCUCAUGAUCCCGGGAUGUGGUGGCAUGCAUGUUUCUGGAUUGUUUGGAGGAUUAAAAAAACUCUUUUAUUUAAGGGAUGAGCUAUAAUAUCUGCAUGUACUAAGGACACUAAAAGCUGCACACAAACAUUUUUGCAUUACCAGUUAUUGGCUUCAGUUAAAUCCAGCCUUACUUUGACUUCUGCAGGGAUGAAGUGUGCUGUAACCCCACAAGGAAACCAUUAACGAUCUAACGUGGGUCCGUGGGAAGAAAUUGUGACAUCAUAUGGUACCAGCUAACGUUCUAGGGUACCUCUGAGCCAAUAGCGAUGGCAGAUUUAAAUUCAAAUGCAGUGCAGAGUUUUUACCUGACAAUGACACAACACUGACAGUUUUAGGCAGAAAAUUAAAAUUUUAACUAAAAUGCACUAAAGUACAAAACUAUUGACUACACGUGUCUGCAGCACGAUUAGACACGCAUUUAUACAGUUUAUCAGAAAAAAAGUUGAUUUGGGGGAGACUUGCUCAUUAAUAUCAAGUUUAGACCAUUGUUUUCUGACUGUAGCACCCCCUAGUGGUUGGGAGGAUGAGUUCCAGUCUGCCACUACUUUACAGUUUUGUUUCUGUUUUAGUACGUUUGCAGAUGUAAGUCUGGCGGUGUGUAUGCUGCUCUGUUUUUGAUGUAGCAACGAGGUUUCACGUGUCGACCGACGGGUUUAUCAGCGCCACUUAAACCUGAUAAGAGGGUUUAUCGGCACAGCUGUCGCACGGAUGUCUGAAGACAGCGGCUGAGACUCAUUUCUGUUGCUUUAAAUGUGAAUUUCUUCAUUUUCAUGUGUGUGUUUGAGUGGGUAAACGCUGAUUUUGUUGUUAGUCGUGACGUUAUUAGAAAAGCUGGGCAUCUUCUGGGUAAGGAAAAUGAUAGAAAAAAAAUUUAAUUGCAAAAAAACUACAAUUUGUUUUCGUCACAAUGUGAUUAUCAAAUAAUUGAAUGUGUAAUAUAAAUUUAAACACUCACUCUUAGAUAUUAUUAUUAUUGAUUUCUUAUCAGGAAGUUUGUAUUUGUCAUUCAUUUGAAACUCUUUUACUCAUCGUGUGACUUUCUUCGUAUCAGAGCUCUUUCCUCUCGAAUCAAACUUUAAUUUGAUGAAAUAUUUGACAUUCUUGACCUGACGAGUGUUAAGUACCUCCCGAUCCGACUGAUCUGUCGUUUGUUUCAGCGUCAGUGAAACAGUAGCUAACCCUAAGUAACCCUAACCCUACUUCUAGGAAUCAUAAAAACAUUAAACAGACUGAAAGAGA